AUGUCUGGCUUUAAAUCUUUGCCAUAUUUCGAACAAUUGAAAACCAACAUUGAAGCAGAUCCAGCACCAUAUAUCAAAAAAGCAAAAGGUAUCUAUGAAUUUCAUAUCCAGAACAAAGAUAACCAAGAACAAGUCUGGACUAUUAAUUUAAAAGAUAAAGGCGAAGUAACCGCUGAACCUAGUAAAAGUAAACCAGAUAUCGUAAUCACCGUGAGUGAUGACAAUUUUGUCGAUUUGGUUGAUGGAAAGAUUAACGGUAACAAAGCUUUUAUGGAAAGAAAACUUAAAGUGAAAGGCAAUAUUAUGCUAGCUACCAAACUUGACGGUGUAUUACAGGCCGCCAAGGCAAAGGCAAAAUUGUAA